AUGGCCCCCUCCAGUAUGUCCCUCGGGGACAGACAUCGUGUAUCAGACACCAUUAGUAAAGGAUUAGAGGCUACAAUGGCAGUAGUGGGAGGUUGUCCAGAGUCUAUAGAUGAACCACAAACCCUAAAUGGCUGCCACAAGCGGUUUAGUCAAUGUACGUCUUGCUCUCGGCCCACAGCCUGCAUAAUGCCCACGUCCACACCCUGUUGUUCGUGCUCCCGGAGAUUAUGGACCUCAAACUGCAGCAUAAAACCUCAGGAGAAGCUUCUGUGCUUGAGCCACCAGGUGGAGGAUGACAUGGGAAGAGAAUGGUUCCAAUAUGCAAGAUCUUUCUGUGAAAAUGACACCCGACAUGAUGCAGUGCCGCCUAACAGCCCAGAAGCUGCAACCGUCCAAGCGGUGAGUGCAUUUUGUCUGUCUCAUUAUAAUUGGUGCUGCCCUAUGAGAUGCUUCUUUCACAAGGUCGUGUGACCGGUGUCACCUGUAACGUCAAUAUGUAUGAAACAAAAGUUAGAUAACUCUUAAAAGAAAUUUAAUGACCAGUGGCUGUCUUGAGGAUACAUACUUGCCAACUGUCCUGAGUUUGCCGGGACAGUCCCAGUUUCAUUGCGAUUUCUAGUCACCCGUAAUGCAGUGCAUGAACAUAUUACUAAAUGGGCUCCUGCUGCACUAGGCUUUCUGGGGCAUGAUCCACCCUGCAGAUCUGUCUGUCAUCCUGGUGCGCCUGUGAGCUCUGAUGAUAGGUCGUUUUCGUGGCUGGAAGUCUCACCAGUGAUAUGAAUUGCAUUAUUAAUGUGUUAGGAAUUCAAACCUGUACACUGAACGCUAUAAUGCCCCUUUCAUUAGUUAGAUUUAGUUGUGCUGCUGGAAGGUACGCAUACCUCCCAUAUGUCCCUAUUUAGGAGGGACAGUCCCUGUUUUGGGCCCAAAUCCCUCUGUCUAUCCCAAAGUACCUCUCUUGUAGGACCUCCAUAUUGUUGGUGUAUGUAUAACAGAGAUCCACAGCUAUAAUACUCCCAGUAAUGUGUUCUUAAACUACAACAGAUGUGUUUAAAAAUCUGUUUUGGUGAAUAAGAUACAUUGUUCUUGUUCUAAAUUACAUUUUAGCUGGAUAAAUUAUUUUAUAAAUCACCUAAAAUUUCUGACCACACCCCAACUCUCACCCCUAAAAUGAGUGUCCUUUGUCCAUUGGAAAUGUUGGGAGGUAUAAUGUAUGUAAUGUUAACAUUACAUUUACUACUUAAUUUAUCUCUAUGAUAAAUGCUAUAUUUAAUGUUUGUGGGCAAUUUCAGUUAAAUUAACCCUGCCACGAGUGGGAGCUAGUGACUUGAAAUUUAUUUAUGAUCAUACAGCUACUCUUUGAAACCAUGCCAAUAUAGUGUCACACCUUCUACGUGCCCCUAUCCUGACGUGGCAGUCCCCUCUUUUGUAGGACCCUAAAUCAUUUUUAUUUUUUUUUGUGCUUGAAUGUAUGGCAGAGUUUUGCAAAAGUAAAAAGUACAGCGAUAUAACUUGUGUUUUAGUAAUGUUUUUAUUUAUGUUUAUGUUUUUAUCAGGGGUUUUUAUUAAACUGAUUUUCAAAUAUCCAUAACAACUCUCAUUCAAAACUAAAAUGUCCUGGGACAGUAGCUGUCUUGGUUGCUGCAGGUGGUUGUCCCUAGCAGUGAGGGGGGAAAAAAGUGAAAUUGUCACCUUUCUAGAGUGCGGAGUUCAUACAGGGUGACAGUGCUUGGUUAGCACAGGGUGCUCUGGUAGCUAUGUGCGGAGUUCAUACAGGGUGACAGUGCUUGGUUAGCACAGGGUGGUCCUGUAGCUAUGUGCGGAGUUCAUACAGGGUGACAGUGCUGGGUUAGCACAGGGUGCUCUGGUAGCUAUGGGUGGAGUUCAUACAGGGUGACAGUGCUGGGUUAGCACAGGGUGCUCUGGUAGCUAUGUGCGGAGUUCAUACAGGGUGACAGUGCUGGGUUAGCACAGGGUGGUCUGGUAGCUAUGUGUGGAGUUCUACAGGGUGACAGUGCUGGAGUUAGCACAGGGGUGGUCUGGUAGCUAUGUAAUGCGAAGUUCAUACAGGGUGACAGUGCUGGAGUUAGCACAGGGUGGGCUGGUAGCCCCAACCAGGUGCUUGAGGAGUUCAUGUACAGAGGUGACAGUGCUGGGUUAGCACAGGGUGCUCUGAGCUAUGGGUGGAGUUCAUACAGGUGGCAGUGCUGAGUUGAGUACAGGGUGGGCUGGUAGCAGCUAUGUCUUGGAGUUCAUACAGGGUGACAGUGCUGAGUUGCUGGGGUGGUCUAGGUAGCUAUGUGCGGAGUUCAUACAGGGUGACAGUGUUGGGUUAGCACAGGGUGCUCUGGUAGCUAUGGGUGCAGAGUUCAUACAGGGUGACAGUGCUGGGUUAGUACAGGGUGCUCUGGUAGCUAUGUGCGGAGUUCAUACAGGGUGACAGUGCUGGGUUAGCACAGGGUGCUCUGGUAGCUAUGUGCGGAGUUCAUACAGGGUGACAGUGCUUGGUUAGCACAGGGUGCUCUGGUAGCUAUGUGUGGAGUUCAUACAUGGUGACAGUGCUGGGUUAGUACAGGGUGCUCUGGUAGCUGUGCGGAGUUCAUACAGGGUGACAGUGCUGGGUUAGCACAGGGUGGUCUGGUAGCUAUGUGCGGAGUUCAUACAGGGUGACAGUGCUGGGUUAGCACAGGGUGCUCUGGUAGCUAUGUGUGGAGGACCUUGGCUGUGUCAGUGCGGAGUUCAUACAGGGUGACAGUGCUUGGUUAGCACAGGGUGCUCUGGUAGCUAUGUGCGGAGUUCAUACAGGGUGACAGUGCUGGGUUAGUACAGGGUGCUCUGGUAGCUAUGGGUGCAGAGUUCAUACAGGGUGACAGUGCUGGGUUAGCACAGGGUGGGCUGGUAGCAAUGGGUGGAGUUCAUACAGGGUGACAGUGCUGGGUUAGCACAGGGUGGUCUGGUAGCUAUGUGCGGAGUUCAUACAGGGUGACAGUGCUGGGUUAGCACAGGGUGCUCUGGUAGCUAUGUGUGGAGGACCUUGGCUGUGUCAGUGCGGAGUUCAUACAGGGUGACAGUGCUGAGUUAGCACAGGGUGCUCUGGUAGCUAUGUGCGGAGUUCAUACAGGGUGACAGUGCUGGGUUAGCACAGGGUGCUCUGGUAGCUAUGUGCGGAGUUCAUACAGGGUGACAGUGCUUGGUUAGCACAGGGUGGUCUGGUAGCUAUGUGUGGAGUUCAUACAGGGUGACAGUGCUUGGUUAGCACAGGGUGCUCUGGUAGCUGUGCGGAGUUCAUACAGGGUGACAGUGCUGGGUUAGCACAGGGUGGUCUGGUAGCUAUGUGUGGAGUUCAUACAGGGUGACAGUGCUGGGUUAGCACAGGGUGCUCUGGUAGCUAUGUGUGGAGUUCAUACAGGGUGACAGUGCUUGGUUAGCACAGGGUGGUCUGGUAGCUAUGUGUGGAGUUCAUACAGGGUGACAGUGCUGGGUUAGUACAGGGUGGGCUGGUAGCAAUGGGUGGAGUUCAUACAUGGUAACAGUGCUGGGUUAGCACAGGGUGCUCUGGUAGCUAUGUGCGGAGUUCAUACAGGGUGACAGUGCUGGGUUAGUACAGGGUGGGCUGGUAGCUAUGUGCGAAGUUCAUACAGGGUGACAGUACUGGGUUAGCACAGGGUGCUCUGGUAGCUAUGUGCAGAGUUCAUACAGGGUGACAGUGCUGGGUUAGUACAGGGUGGGCUGGUAGCUAUGUGCGGAGUUCAUACAGGGUGACAGUGCUGGGUUAGUACAGGGUGCUCUGGUAGCUAUGUGUGGAGUUCAUACAGGGUGACAGUGCUGGGUUAGCACAGGGUGCUCUGGUAGCUAUGUGCAGAGUUCAUACAGGGUGACAGUGCUGGGUUAGUACAGGGUGGUCUGGUAGCUAUGUGCGGAGUUCAUACAGGGUGACAGUGCUGGGUUAGCACAGGGUGCUCUGGUAGCUAUGUGCGGACUUCAUACAGGGUGACAGUGCUGGGUUAGCACAGGGUGCUCUGGUAGCUAUGUGCGGAGUUCAUACAGGGUGACAGUGCUGGGUUAGCACAGGGUGCUCUGGUAGCUAUGUGUGGAGUUCAUACAGGGUGACAGUACUGGGUUAGCACAGAGUGCUCUGGUAGCUAUGUGUGGAGGACCUUGGCUGUGUCAGUGCGGAGUUCAUACAGGGUGACAGUGCUUGGUUAGCACAGGGUGCUCUGGUAGCUAUGUGCGGAGUUCAUACAGGGUGACAGUGCUGGGUUAGCACAGGGUGCUCUGGUAGCUAUGUGCGGAGUUCAUACAGGGUGACAGUACUGGGUUAGCACAGGGUGCUCUGGUAGCUAUGUGCGGAGUUCAUACAGGGUGACAGUGCUGGGUUAGCACAGGGUGCUCUGGUAGCUAUGGGUGGAGUUCAUACAGGGUGACAGUGCUGGGUUAGCACAGGGUGCUCUGGUAGCUAUGUGCGGAGUUCAUACAGGGUGACAGUACUGGGUUAGUACAGGGUGGUCUGGUAGCAAUGGGUGCAGAGUUCAUACAGGGUGACAGUGCUGGGUUAGUACAGGGUGCUCUGGUAGCUAUGUGUGGAGUUCAUACAGGGUGACAGUACUGGGUUAGCACAGGGUGCUCUGGUAGCUAUGUGCGGAGUUCAUACAGGAGUGACAGUGCUGGAGUUGCUAGGGUGCUCUGUGGCCCAGCUAUGUGCGGAGUUCAUACAGGGUGACAGUGCUGGAGUGCUGGGUUAGUACAGGGUGCUGUGGUAGCUGUGCGGAGUUCAUACAGGGUGACAGUGCUGGGUUAGCACAGGGUGGUCUGGUAGCUAUGUGCGGAGUUCAUACAGGGUGACAGUGCUGGGUUAGCACAGGGUGCUCUGGUAGCUAUGUGUGGAGGACCUUGGCUGUGUCAGUGCGGAGUUCAUACAGGGUGACAGUGCUGAGUUAGCACAGGGUGCUCUGGUAGCUAUGUGCGGAGUUCAUACAGGGUGACAGUGCUGGGUUAGCACAGGGUGCUCUGGUAGCUAUGUGCGGAGUUCAUACAGGGUGACAGUGCUUGGUUAGCACAGGGUGGUCUGGUAGCUAUGUGUGGAGUUCAUACAGGGUGACAGUGCUUGGUUAGCACAGGGUGCUCUGGUAGCUGUGCGGAGUUCAUACAGGGUGACAGUGCUGGGUUAGCACAGGGUGGUCUGGUAGCUAUGUGUGGAGUUCAUACAGGGUGACAGUGCUGGGUUAGCACAGGGUGCUCUGGUAGCUAUGUGUGGAGUUCAUACAGGGUGACAGUGCUUGGUUAGCACAGGGUGGUCUGGUAGCUAUGUGUGGAGUUCAUACAGGGUGACAGUGCUGGGUUAGUACAGGGUGGGCUGGUAGCAAUGGGUGGAGUUCAUACAUGGUAACAGUGCUGGGUUAGCACAGGGUGCUCUGGUAGCUAUGUGCGGAGUUCAUACAGGGUGACAGUGCUGGGUUAGCACAGGGUGCUCUGGUAGCUGGGCGUGGGUGCAGAGUUCAUACAGGGUGACAGUGCUGGGUUAGUACAGGGUGCCUUGCAGCUGGUGUGCUGAGUUCAUACAGGGUGACAGUACUGGUUGGGGCACAGGGUGCUCUGGUGGCUAUGUGCGGAGUUCAUAGGGUGAUGGUGUGCUGGGUUAGCAUACAGGGUGGUCUGGUAGCUGCGCGGAGUUCAUACAGGGUGACAGUGUGCUGGGUUAGCACAGAGUGGGCUGGUAGCUAUGGAGUUCAUGCCAGGGGUGACAGUGCUGGGUUAGCACAGGGUGCUCUGGUAGCUAUGUGCGGAGUUCAUACAGGGUGACAGUGCUGGGUUAGCACAGGGUGCUCUGGUAGCUAUGGGUGGAGUUCAUACAGGGUGACAGUGCUGGGUUAGUACAGGGUGCUCUGGUAGCUAUGUGCGGAGUUCAUACAGGGUGACAGUACUGGGUUAGCACAGGGUGCUCUGGUAGCUAUGUGCGGAGUUCAUACAGGGUGACAGUGCUGGGUUAGCACAGGGUGCUCUGGUAGCUAAAAGCGGAGUUCACACAGGGUGACAGUGUUGGGUUAGCACAGGGUGCUGGUGGUAGCUGGCGUGGGUGCAGAGUUCAUACAGGGUGACAGUGCUGGGUUAGCACAGGGUGCUCUGGUAGCUAUGUGCGGAGUUCAUACAGGGUGACAGUGCUGGGUUAGCACAGGGUGCUCUGGUAGCUAUGUGUGGAGGACCUUGGCUGUGUCAGUGCAGAGUUCAUACAGGGUGACAGUGCUGGGUUAGUACAGGGUGCUCUGGUAGCUAUGUGCGGAGUUCAUACAGGGUGACAGUGUUGGGUUAGCACAGGGUGCUCUGGUAGCUAUGGGUGCAGAGUUCAUACAGGGUGACAGUGCUGGGUUAGCACAGGGUGCUCUGGUAGCUAUGUGCGGAGUUCAUACAGGGUGACAGUGCUGGGUUAGCACAGGGUGCUCUGGUAGCUAUGUGUGGAGGACCUUGGCUGUGUCAGUGCAGAGUUCAUACAGGGUGACAGUGCUGGGUUAGCACAGGGUGGUCCGGUAGCAAUGGGUGGAGUUCAUACAGGGUGACAGUGCUGGGUUAGUACAGGGUGCUCUGGUAGCUAUGGGUGCGGAGUUCAUACAGGGUGACAGUGCGGAGUUCAUACAGGGUGCUCUGGUAGCUAUGUGCGGAGUUCAUACAGGGUGACAGUGCUGGGUUAGCACAGGGUGGGCUGGUAGCUAUGUGCGGAGUUCAUACAGGGUGACAGUGCUGGGUUAGUACAGGGUGGGCUGGUAGCAAUGGGUGGAGUUCAUACAGGGUGACAGUGCUGGGUUAGCACAGGGUGCUCUGGUAGCAAUGUGUGGAGUUCAUACAGGGUGACAGUGCUGGGUUAGCACAGGGUGCUCUGGUAGCUAUGUGCGGAGUUCAUACAGGGUGACAGUGCUGGGUUAGCACAGGGUGCUCUGGUAGCUAUGUGCGGAGUUCAUACAGGUGACAGUGCUGGGUUAGCACAGGGUGCUCUGGUAGCUAUGUGCAGAGUUCAUACAGGGUGACAGUGCUGGGUUAGUACAGGGUGGGCUGGUAGCUAUGUGCGAAGUUCAUACAGGGUGACAGUACUGGGUUAGCACAGGGUGCCCUGGUAGCUAUGCAAGUGAGUUCAUACAGGGUGACAGUGCUGGGGUUAGCACAGGGUGGGCUGGUAGCUAUGUGCGGAGUUCAUACAGGGUGACAGUGCUGGGUUAGUACAGGGUGCUCUGGUAGCUAUGUGCGGAGUUCAUACAGGGUGACAGUGCUGGGUUAGUACAGGGUGGUCUGGUAGCUAUGUGCAGAGUUCAUACAGGGUGACAGUGCUGGGUUAGCACAGGGUGCUCUGGUAGCUAUGUGCGGAAUUCAUACAGGGUGACAGUGCUGGGUUAGCACAGGGUGGGCUGGUAGCUAUGUGCGGAGUUCAUACAGGGUGACAGUGCUGGGUUAGUACAGGGUGCUCUGGUAGCUAUGUGCGGAGUUCAUACAGGGUGACAGUGCUGGGUUAGCACAGGGUGCUCUUGUAGCUAUGUGCGGAGUUCAUACAGGGUGACAGUGCUGGGUUAGCACAGGGUGGGCUGGUAGCUAUGUGCGGAGUUCAUACAGGGUGACAGUACUGGGUUAGUACAGGGUGGGCUGGUAGCAAUGGGUGGAGUUCAUACAGGGUGACAGUGCUGGGUUAGCACAGGGUGCUCUGGUAGCCAAGUGCGCUGGGGAGUUCAUACAGGGUGACAGUGCUGGGUUAGUACAGGGUGGUCUGCAUGUGCGAGUUCAUACAGGGUGACAGUGCUGGGUUAGCACAGGGUGGUCUGGUAGCUAUGUGCGGAGUUCAUACAGGGUGACAGUGCUGGGUUAGCACAGGGUGCUCUGGUAGCAAUGGGUGGAGUUUAUACAGGGUGACAGUGCUGGGUUAGUACAGGGUGGUCUGGUAGCUAUGUGCGGAGUUCAUACAGGGUGACAGUGCUGGGUUAGCACAGGGUGGGCUGGUAGCUAUGUGCGGAGUUCAUACAGGGUGACAGUGUUGGGUUAGUACAGGGUGGGCUGGUAGCUGUGUGCGGAGUUCAUACAGGGUGACAGUGCUGGGUUAGCACAGGGUGGGCUGGUAGCUAUGUGCGGAGUUCAUACAGGGUGACAGUACUGGGUUAGCACAGGGUGCUCUGGUAGCUAUGUGCGGAGUUCAUACAGGGUGACAGUGCUGGGUUAGCACAGGGUGCUCUGGUAGCUAUGUGCGGAGUUCAUACAGGGUGACAGUGCUUGGUUAGCACAGGGUGCUCUGGUAGCUAUGUGUGGAGUUCAUACAUGGUGACAGUGCUGGGUUAGUACAGGGUGCUCUGGUAGCUGUGCGGAGUUCAUACAGGGUGACAGUGCUGGGUUAGCACAGGGUGCUCUGGUAGCUAUGUGCGGAGUUCAUACAGGGUGACAGUGCUGGGUUAGCACAGGGUGCUCUGGUAGCUAUGUGUGGAGUUCAUACAUGGGUGACAGUGCUGGGUUAGCACAGGGUGCUCUGGUAGCUAUGUGCGGAGUUCAUACAGGGUGACAGUGCUGGGUUAGCACAGGGUGCUCUGGUAGCUAUGUGCGGAGUUCAUACAGGGUGACAGUGCUGGGUUAGCACAGGGUGCUCUGGUAGCUAUGGGUGGAGUUCAUACAGGGUGACAGUGCUGGGUUAGUACAGGGUGCUCUGGUAGCUAUGUGCGGAGUUCAUACAGGGUGACAGUGCUGGGUUAGCACAGGGUGCUCUGGUAGCUAUGUGCGGAGUUCAUACAGGGUGACAGUACUGGGUUAGUACAGGGUGGUCUGGUAGCAAUGGGUGGAGUUCAUACAGGGUGACAGUGCUGGGUUAGCACAGGGUGCUCUGGUAGCUAUGUGCGGAGUUCAUACAGGGUGACAGUGCUGGGUUAGCACAGGGUGGGCUGGUAGCAAUGGGUGCAGAGUUCAUACAGGGUGACAGUGCUGGGUUAGUACAGGGUGGUCUGGUAGCAAUGGGUGCAGAGUUCAUACAGGGUGACAGUGCUGGGUUAGCACAGGGUGCUCUGGUAGCUAUGGGUGCAGAGUUCAUACAGGGUGACAGUGCUGGGUUAGCACAGGGUGCUCUGGUAGCUAUGUGCGGAGUUCAUACAGGGUGACAGUACUGGGUUAGUACAGGGUGGGCUGGUAGCAAUGGGUGGAGUUCAUACAGGGUGACAGUGCUGGGUUAGUACAGGGUGGGCUGGUAGCAAUGGGUGGAGUUCAUACAGGGUGACAGUGCUGGGUUAGUACAGGGUGCUCUGGUAGCUAUGUGCGGAGUUCAUACAGGGUGACAGUACUGGGUUAGCACAGGGUGCUCUGGUAGCUAUGUGCGGAGUUCAUACAGGGUGACAGUGCUGGGUUAGCACAGGGUGCUCUGGUAGCUAUGUGUGGAGGACCUUGGCUGUGUCAGUGCAGAGUUCAUACAGGGUGACAGUGCUGGGUUAGCACAGGGUGGUCCGGUAGCAAUGGGUGGAGUUCAUACAGGGUGACAGUGCUGGGUUAGUACAGGGUGCUCUGGUAGCUAUGGGUGCGGAGUUCAGACAGGGUGACAGUGCGGAGUUCAUACAGGGUGCUCUGGUAGCUAUGUGCGGAGUUCAUACAGGGUGACAGUGCUGGGUUAGCACAGGGUGCUCUGGUAGCUAUGUGCGAGUUCAUACAGGGUGACAGUGCUGGGUUAGCACAGGGUGGGCUGGUAGCUAUGUGCAGAGUUCAUACAGGGUGACAGUGCUGGGUUAGUACAGGGUGCUCUGGUAGCUAUGUGCGGAGUUCAUACAGGGUGACAGUGUUGGGUUAGCACAGGGUGCUCUGGUAGCUAUGUGCGGAGUUCAUACAGGGUGACAGUGCUGGGUUAGCACAGGGUGCUCUGGUAGCUAUGUGCGGAGUUCAUACAGGGUGACAGUGCUGGGUUAGCACAGGGUGCUCUGGUAGCUAUGUGCGGAGUUCAUACAGGGUGACAGUGCUGGGUUAGCACAGGGUGCUCUGGUAGCUAUGUGCGGAGUUCAUACAGGGUGACAGUGCUGGGUUAGCACAGGGUGCUCUGGUAGCUAUGGGUGGAGUUCAUACAGGGUGACAGUGCUGGGUUAGCACAGGGUGCUCUGGUAGCAAUGGGUGGAGUUCAUACAGGGUGACAGUGCUGGGUUAGCACAGGGUGCUCUGGUAGCUAUGUGCGGAGUUCAUACAGGGUGACAGUACUGGGUUAGUACAGGGUGGGCUGGUAGCAAUGGGUGGAGUUCAUACAGGGUGACAGUGCUGGGUUAGUACAGGGUGGGCUGGUAGCAAUGGGUGGAGUUCAUACAGGGUGACAGUGCUGGGUUAGCACAGGGUGCUCUGGUAGCUAUGUGCGGAGUUCAUACAGGGUGACAGUGCUGGGUUAGCACAGGGUGCUCUGGUAGCAAUGGGUGCGGAGUUCAUACAGGGUGACAGUGCUGGGUUAGCACAGGGUGCUCUGGUAGCUAUGGGUGCGGAGUUCAUACAGGGUGACAGUGUUGGGUUAGUACAGGGUGGGCUGGUAGCUAUGUGCGGAGUUCAUACAGGGUGACAGUGCUGGGUUAGUACAGGGUGCUCUGGUAGCUAUGUGCGGAGUUCAUACAGGGUGACAGUGCUGGGUUAGCACAGGGUGCUCUGGUAGCAAUGGGUGAAGGACCCUGGCUGUGUCAGUGCGGAGUUCAUAAAGGGUCACAGUGCUGGGUUAGCACAGGGUGCUCUGGUAGCAAUGGGUGGAGGACCAUGGCAGUGACCAUGCAGAGUUAAUAUAGGAUGACAGUGCUGAGGUAAAUGGGAGCUGUCACCUGUAGCGAUGUUUGUUUUUUGCUGACACUAUUGUUUUCCUUUAAGGCAUAGGCAUUAAAGGAACACUAUAGUGCUGGAUGUUUAGGCGUCAGUCUCCCCUUAGAAGGGAGUUAAAACAUAUUUACUUUUUUCUCCAUUGCCGUCAUGGCUGAGCUCUUCAAUCUUUUAUAUGAAAGCAUUGGGAGGCUAUUGCGCAUGCGUUACAAAACGCAGCACUGCGCCAAUCCGUAUCUGCUCAUAGAGAUGCAUUGAAUGCUCUAUGAGGAGCAUUCAGCAUCUCUAUGCUGAGUGUAGAGACGCUGAAUGUAGGUCCUGCAAAGAUUGCAGGGUCUAACCCAGGAAGUCCCUCUAGUGACCAUGUGAGUGACUGCCACUACAGGUAUUAGUAGGUAGCAAUAUAAACACUGCCUUUUUCCUGAAAAGGUAGCUCUUACAUUGCGCAGCCUGUAGGGACAGGCUAUAGACACCAGAACUACAUUAAAUUGUAUUGGUUCUGUUGACUACACUAUCCCUUUAACUUAAUUCAUUUGAAUCCACAUCAGAAAUGAUUGCAAUCUGUUACAAGAAGAAAAAAAUAAAAAGGCGUGGAUUUCUACAUUUUAAUUUUAUUUUUCACAGCCUACAUACCUAUUUGUUAAACCUAGGGAUUAGAAUACGUGAUAUAGAGAAGUAACAGCUCCCCUUUAAUUUAAGGUUAGUCUGCUUUAUCUGGAUAUAGAAGAGUCACUGGGCAGCAUAUGACUGCUGUCAGAACAUGCAGUGAAAGCUGUUAAUAGACUCUGUGAAGUCAAUAAAAGAAGACCAUAGAUCAGCAGUUUUUUAACCAUAGAAUACAGUUUGUGUUAAGAAGAUUUACUUUUAUUGCCUGAUGCAAAUCCUAAUAUUUAUUUAUUUAAUCCCCAUCAAUUAAACAUUGCCGAAGUAGAGCUGUUAAAUGAAAUGCUAUGUGAAAUAUUUUGAUAUGAAAUGCUCAUGCUAGUGUCAUGUCGUUCAUUAUUUUUAUUUAUUGAUGUUCUCCUGAUAGGUUACUCCAAAAGUGACAUUUUCCCAUCCAACGAGCACUCAGCAGAAGACCCAGAGAGGCUUGGAACCUUUCACACCUUUGAGCUCAAUAAACUUUGAACGUACAGGAAUUUUACACCAGGAUGACUCGGCCCAGCUCUCCUAUUGCAGUGGCUUACAGGGGCCAGGCUUGGACAGUGACUUUGGUGUGAGUGCAGGUCAGUAUAUGCUACUGGGCCCUGAGCUGGGACUGGUGAUGGGCUGCAGAGCCCUGGGCCCUGAGUUAGGGACUGGUGAUGGGCUGCAGAGCCCUGGGCCCUGAGUUAGGGACUGGUGAUGGGCUGCAGAGCCCUGGGCCCUGAGUUAGGGACUGGUGAUGGGCUGCAGAGCCCUUUUCCCUGAGCUGGAGAUUGGUGAUGGGCUGCAGAGCCCUGGGCCCUGAGUUAGGGACUGGUGAUGGGCUGCAGAGCCCUGGGCCCUGAGUUAGGGACUGGUGAUGGGCUGCAGAGCCCUGUUCCCUGAGUUAGGGACUGGUGAUGGGCUGCAGAGCCCUGUUCCCUGAGUUAGGGACUGGUGAUGGGCUGCAGAGCACAUUUUAAGUCAUGAAAUGAUCCUCUCUACAAUAUUACAACAGGAAAUCACUGACACCUUCACUGAAUUAUAUCAGGAAACCAGUUUCAAUUCAAUGGCAAACCUCUAUGGUAGGCUUUUGGUGCUCCCAGCCUAUCAUUGCCUGUCAAGUUAGACAGACUAAUACUGAUAAUGAAGAAGUGUAAUUUAUCAGUCUGUGUGCUGCGGGAUCAGUCAGUGGGCGCCAUGAAGAGUCCUGCAUUGUUUUUUUGUUUGUUCUGAAAUCCCUCCAAAACAUUGUCAAAAACACAAACCAGGUUAUGGUGCCAUAGUAUCCUAGUACCAUAACCACUACACUGAACUGUAGUAAUUAUGGUGCUUGGAGUGUACCCCAUUAAUAGAUGAGCCUGUGAUUCCAGGUUUCAUGGACAAGAUAUACAUUUUUAUGGAGUUUGAUGUGUCCAUGUGUUUCAUCACUCUCUUUUCAGGAGUCUCCGUGCACAUCUUAUCUACGGACAGCGACAAUAGCUCCCUGUCCUGGAUCUCUGGAAUGGAGUGGGAUUACUAUGACCCCUACUAUAUUCGUAGGACCCGACAUCGAAGGGACACCAGACAAAAUCACCACCUCCCAGUACUUUGCAGCAAACAGUACUGGGUAUAAUCAACAGGUGGCAAGCCACUGA